ACUUGGCUGCGCCUAGCAGUUAAAAGCCCACGCCGCAGACCCGGCCUGGCCGCACCGUGCGCGCUUCAAUGGCGUCUCUGCUCCCACUCGCGGUAGGUCUGGCCCUACUGCCAUUCGCGGAGCUCUGCGGGAAGACUCUGACUCGAAGCGGCAGGCUCACGUCACCCGGAUACCCGAUGUCGUACCCCCCGAACGUCCGCUGUUCAUACAUGCUGCGGCCACAGGGUCCCGGUGUAUGCGCCGUCGAGUUGAAAUUUGACGAUCUGGAUGUGGAUGGUCACAUGCCCCGCUGCGAGGCCGGCGAUGCAGUGCAACUCGGCUCGACGGGAGAGCGUUUCUGCGGUGUCGAGCCGCCACCACCCAUCGUGAUCCCGAUCACCACUGAGGGCCUUCGGAUGGAAUUCUACUCCAACGGCCACAGAAGCGGUACAGGUUUUGCGUUACAACUGACCCAGAUCGAGAACUCUUGUCCGAAAAAGGGCUCCGCUUGCGGUGACACCAUCAGCCAAGAGCGGUCCCGGCUGGAAGGGCCGCCAGUGGCAGGCGGCGCCUGCCUUUACCUGCUUCGAAAGUUCGACGAGGCCGUGUGCCAGGUGCAGGUGCGCUUUCAACGUUUCUCCGUGGGCCGCAAUGGUGCGUGCAACCAGGGGCGCCUGCUGAUCGCAGGACGCAGCCUUUGUGGAUCACGUAAUCCCAAUUCCAUAGAAACAUUCGAUUUCCCGUCCCAGACAUUAGCAUUUCUCUACCAACCAGGGGAUAGAGCGGAACAAGACAAGUUUGUAUUGGACAUUUUUCAAGAAACAUGUGACAAAUAG